AUGGACGUGGACGUGGACGUGGACGUGGACAUGGACGUGGACGUGGACAUGGACGUGGACGUGGACGUGACGUGGACGUGGACGUGGACUGGACGUGGACGUGGACAUGGACAUGGACGUGGACGUGGACGUGGACGUGGACGUGACAUGGACGUGGACGUGGACGUGGACGUGGACGUGGACGUGGACGUGGACGUGGACGUGGACGUGGACGUGGACGUGGACGUGGACGUGGACGUGGACAUGGACGUGGACGUGGACGUGGACGUGGACGUGGACAUGGACGUGGACAUGGACGUGGACAUGGACGUGGACGUGGACAUGGACGUGGACGUGGACGUGGACGUGGACGUGGACGUGGACAUGGACGUGGACGUGGACGUGGACAUGGACGUGGACGUGGACAUGGACGUGGACAUGGACGUGGACGUGGACGUGGACAUGGACGUGACGUGGACGUGGACAUGGACGUGGACGUGGACGUGGACGUGGACAUGGACGUGGACUGGCGUGGACGUGGACGUGGACGUGGACGUGGACGUGGACUGGACGUGGACGUGGACGUGGACGUGGACAUGGACGUGA